AAUUUCGGGGAGGGUCAAAAAUCACAUGUCAACAACGAUCAAGGAUAUUACAAGAAAGCAUUGGUUAGUGACGUGCAAGGAUUGUUGAGCUUGUUUGAGGCAGCACAAUUCAGAGUACACGGUGAAGAAAUAUUGGACGAAGCAGAUAAUUUCACCACCACUCAUUUGAAGCUAUUGUUGCCUACAUUGAGCAAUUCUCUCGCGACGCAAGUCAGGAAUGCACUAAAGUAUCCAAUCAACUAUACUAUGGUGAUAGUAGCAGCGAGGAAAUACAUAUCGUUAUACCAAGAAGAUAAAUCAUGUGAUGAAGUGUUACUAAAUUUCGCAAAGUUGGACUUCAACAUAUUGCAGAAAAUGCAUAAAAGGGAACUAUGUGAUAUCACAAGGUGGUGGAAAGAAUUGGACUUGGCAAAAGCAUUACCUUUUGCAAGAGACAGAAUAGUCGAGUUGUACGUCUGGAGUUUGGGUGUGUACAGCUUUGAGCCCCAGUAUAGGGUUGGCAGAAACAUACUUACCAAAAUGUUAUGCUUCGUUUCUAUUACUGACGAUAUCUAUGACACCUAUGGAACACUAGAUGAGCUUACUCUCCUCACGAAUUCAAUAGAAAGGUGGAACAUCGAUGCUGCAGAACAGUUACCCUCAUAUAUGAAGAUUUUUUACCGUGCACUUCUAGAUGUUUACAGUGAAGUGGAGAAAGAGUUGGCAAGUGAUCAUAACAAGUCAUUUCGAGUCAACUAUUCUAUAACUGCGAAGAAAAAGUUGGCAAGGGCUUAUUUUCAAGAAGCCGAAUGGUAUCAUGGGAAUAAUGUCCCAACAAUGGAACAGUAUGUGAAGAAUGGAAUUCGAACUAGCACUGUCCCAUGUCUUGCGACUCUCUCUUGGUUAGGCAUUGGAAAUGAAGCAACGAAGGAGGCAUACGAUUGGAUUGCAAGUGAACCUCCAGUUCUCCUUGCUUCCUCUAUCAUUGGUAGAUUAUCGAAUGAUAUUGUUUCCCAUGAGAGAGAAGUAGAAAGAGGAGAUGUAACAGGUGUCGAGUGUUACAUGAACGAAUAUGGUGUCACAAAGGAAGAAGCAUGCAGGGAGAUUAGGAAAAUACUGAAGAAUAAAUGGAAGGAUUUGAAUCGAGGAUGCCUAGAACCUACCGAUGUACCAAAAGUUCUGCUAAUGCCACUGCUCAACCUUGCUAGGAUGUGUGAGUUCGUAUAUAAAGAUGAAGAUGCUUAUACUGUUUCCAAAAAUAACUUCAAAGACAUCGUUUCUCUGGUGCUAGUUGAUCCCAUUACAAUAUGAGAACUUGAAAAGGAAAAACAUAAAGAAAAUGAAGGAAAAAAAAAACACUAAAAUUGCAACUCUAGAAUGCUUUUAUAUAUAUGUGUGUGCGCGCAAAAAGAUUUGGGUUGCUGGUUCCAGGGCAAACAGACAAUGCUUAUAUUUGGAUAAGCUAAAUGUACGUAUUGGAAUGAAUAUCAUUUGGUUUCGUGUAAUUUGUUUAGUUGUUGGAGUUGCUCUUUUGUAAUACUUAUAAUAAGUUAUAUACAUGACAUCUUAUCAAA